AUGGCUCUCCGCGAAAACCUGACACGCUUCAUACAGUUUCUGAAAAUACCCGGGAAAAUUGAGCGUGAUCGGGUUUACGAUCUGAUCGUACGCAUCCCACGGUUGCUGAUUGUAGAGCUGCUAGAUCUUGGUGUGGAUGACCAGAUGGUAGGACCAGCGAUCGCGAGGGGCCACGAGGAUGACCCGAAAGGGUGA